UUUUAAAAUAAAGAUGGUAGCUGAUUUUCAGAUGCCGCUUGCAUGGUAAUAUUCAUUCAGGAUGAUUUUAGAUACUGAUGUCCGAUAAUAGACUCAUCCAUAAAAUAGUUGAUUUAUAAAAAAGCAGUCAAGAAUGGAAGAGGAAACAGAGCAUUUAGCUGCAAUGUUGUCUAUUGUAGAUGAACAGUCACACAAAUUAACAGAAGAUUUGAAACCAGAUCUAUCAACAAUAUUUUCAUCUUCUCAAGAUAUAAAAACAGAAUUUUCAACAUUUUCAUCUAUGGUUGAUGCAAAACCCAACUUGACAUUCACAUAUUCUCAAGAUGUUAAACCAUAUACUACAACAGAAUUUUCAUCUUCUAAAGACACAGAAACAGAAUUUUCAAGUUUUUCAUCUCUUGAUAAAUUUACACCCAACAAAAUGUUUAUAAGCUUGCAAGAUGUUAAACCUGAUGUUACAACUGAGUUUUUAAUUUGUAAAGAUAAAAAGCCUGCUGUAUCAACAUUAUCAACAUCUGAAGAUAACAAAUCAGAAGUCACAACUUUAUCAAGUAGUAAAGAUUCAAAACCAGAAUUAUUGACAGGAUUUUUAUUUUUUGAGGAUAAACAACAAAAAGGGCUUGAACUUCAAGUUGAAGAAAAUCUCCAGUUUUCUAGAGACAAAAGAUAUCAGAUUGUUUCUAGUGUCAAACACAAAAGGUUUUCUCAAAGUUCUAACUUUAAAAAACAUAAAACAGCUCAAGACAGUGAGAAGAUAAAUUUAUCAACUCACAAAAAUGUUCAUUCUGGAGAAAGGCCACGUGAAUGCGAUGUUUGUUAUAAAAGGUUUACUCGAAGUUCUGGCUUAAGUGAUCACAAAAAAAUGCAUACAGGAGUAAAGCCAUAUGAAUGUGAUGUUUGUCAUAAAAGGUUUUCUCUAAAAUCUAAUUUAAGAGCACAUAAAAAAAUUCAUUCAGGAGAAAGGCCACAUGAAUGUGAUGUUUGUCAUGAAAGGUUUUCUCAAAGUUCUACUUUGAAAACCCAUAAAAAGGUUCAUUCAGGAGAAAGGCCACAUGAAUGUGAUGUUUGUCAUAAAAGGUUUUCUACAAAUUCUAAUUUAAAAUCACAUAAAAAUGUUCAUUCAGGAGAAAGGCUACAUGAAUGUGAUGUUUGUCAUAAAAGGUUUUCUCAAAGUACUUAUUUAAGAAGACAUAAAAAGGUUCAUUCAGAAGAAAGGCCACAUGAAUGUGAUGUAUGUCAUAAAAGGUUUUCUAAAAGUACUUAUUUAAGAACACACAAAAAGGUUCAUUCAGGAGAAAGGCCAUAUGAAUGUGAUGUUUGUCAUAAAAGGUUUUCUCAAAGUACUUAUUUAAGAAGACAUAAAAAGGUUCAUUCAGAAGAAAGGCCACAUGAAUGUGAUGUAUGUCAUAAAAGGUUUUCUAAAAGUACUUAUUUAAGAACACACAAAAAGGUUCAUUCAGGAGAAAGGCCACAUGAAUGUGAAGUUUGUCAUAAAAGGUUUUCUCAAGAUUCUAAUUUAAGAACACAUAAAAAAAUUCAUUCAGGAGAAAGGCCACAUGAAUGUGAUGUUUGUCAUAAAAGGUUUUCACAAAUUACUAAUUUAUUAAGUCAUAAAAAUGUUCAUUCUGGAGAAAGGCCAUAUGAAUGCGAUGUUUGUCAAAAAAGGUUUUCUGAAAGUACUAAUUUAAGAAAACAUAAAAAGGUUCAUUCAGGAGAAAGGCCACAUGAAUGUGAUGUUUGUCAUAAAAGGUUUUCUACAAAUUCUAAUUUAAAAUCACAUAAAAAGGUUCAUUCAGGAGAAAGACCACGUGAAUGUGACGUUUGACAUCCAAGGUUUUCUCAAAUUUCUUGUUUAUCUUCACACAAAAAAAAUUCAUUAAAGAGAGAGACCACAUGAUAGUGAUAUUUAUCACAAAAAGUUGACUCGGAAGUAUAAUGUGUUAUGAUUUUUGUGUUUUUACAGGUUAUAAGCCAUAUGUAUGUAUAAAAGAUUUUCUCAAAGUUCUUAUUUAAGUGCUCUUGAAAAAGUCAUUCAAGAGACAAGCCACAUUAAUCUGGUAUUUGUCAGAGAUUUUCUCAAAGUUCAUUCAGGAGAUAAGCCACAUGAAUGUUUAUGUUUGUCACAAAAGAUUUUGUCAAUUAUCUAAUUUAAAUACUCAUCAAAAUUCAUUCUAAAGGUAAUCCAGGAAAUUCAUCAUGACUAAAAACCAAUUUAAUAUAAUUUUUAACAUCAAUAAUUAAUUCUAGAGCAAAUUAUUAUUGAAUAUCUUGUUAUAAUUUUUUCUUCACAUAACUUUAACUAGGGUCAUCGAAUAGUGGGCCAUAGUUUAUUAAUUUUAAUAUUUGUAUUAUGAAAAGGUUCUUUUGUCAAAGAGUAUACCAUGUCAAUUAUUAUACAUACUCUAAAAAGAAAUUGUAUUCUGACUGUAAAAGGAAAUAGCAUUCUAUAAUGUCAGCUGCAUGUGUACAAUUUUUUUCUUUAUGUAGCCUACUUUUUAUGGGUGUUAUCUGUAAAUGUGUAUGAUAGGAGAAGUAAGCUAUAACUUUUAGAAACCCAGGGUUUUAUUUUUAUACCCGCAUGGUUUUGUUUACAUUAUUAACAAUAACAGAAGCUAACUAAAAUAAAACACAAAGUUCAAUUCAUUUAUUUACAUUUACUAGAUGUUUACAAUAAAUGUAGGCCCUACUGUUACACAAUCCUAAUUCUUAACUUAACACAUUUACACUAUUCACAAACAGCUCCGU